AUGUACUCAUCUCUCCGCAACGCAUUCCUCUUCUCCUUCUUCAUCCUCGCGGCCACCGCAUCCUUCAGCCUACCAAAGGGCUUCGCCACCAAAUGCCCAACAUACAUCGACACCGUCGUCCCCUUGGGCCAAGACGACCGCUACGGUAGACGCGAGCCCGGAGACCCCUUCCUGGCGACCAUGCGCGACGUCCACAACACCCUAUCUGACUGCGACUCCAUCAAAAGCCUCAAACUUCGCGUCGCAAGCAUAGGGUGUUCGGAACACCCCGACCGAUGGAACUUUCCGCUCGACCUUGCCUCUGGAUCCAAGUACCCCUCGAAGCUGGAGUCGCUGGACCUCGAGGGGUAUCAUUUCGGCGACCGGCUGUGGGAGGAACUGCAGCAACCGCCCUAUCGGACGAAUUCUAGGUUCUGGGACACGAUGGAAUGGAUGGGCUCCGGCAGGGCGUGGAAGUGGGCGAGGUAUCUUCCGUUAUCUGCAGAGCAAAAGGCCAAGACCAAUCUGGAACUGUGGCUCGAUGCCAUGGAUUUCGGGCACAUCAAGGAAUUUGCUUUGAGGCCUACGAGAGGCCACCAUCCCGACGUCGCGCGGCUGGUCCCACACUUGACGUCGCUUCGCUCGUUGAAAGUCUACGGUGCCUGGGCGCAGGAGCUCAUCGUGGGGGUCCCCGAGAACUCGCUGACGCAUCUCUCCUGGAUAUUCAGCGGCGUGACCGGCGCGUCCGUGCUGCCGAUCCUGCGACACCACGCGCAGUCGCUCAAGAGCCUCGAGUGGCGCGAGGCGGAGAGCGGAAUUCGGCAGCGGAGGGUCAUGACGGCGGAGGAGAUUUCGGAGCUCGGGCGCAUGGCGCCCAACCUGGAAAAGAUCACGCUCGACAUCAACCGAAACGGGACGUGGCCAAUGGAGCACUUUGACGCGCUGGUGACGGAGUUUCCAAAAGUCACCAACGUGACAAUCUUUUUGGAGAUUGCGAGCGAGUGCCGGCGCCAGCUGGGUGUCUCCAAGGAGGGGAUGGGGCCGUAUGAACAGUGGAAGAUGGACCAGGCGUCGCCGGACUGCAGCGGCGGAAUGGGUGCCAUGGAGCAGCCGCUUCUGACGCGCAGUCACGCCGCCGAGCUGUUUGAACAUCUCCGGGAGAAGAAGGUGGGCGAUGCGCUGCGAAAGGUGGUUUUCUAUGCGGGAGACUGGGAGAGGCCGUGGGACGGGGCCUUGGCUGAGGGUGAGUGGCUCGAUGGUAGAAAGGCCUUUUUCGUUUGUGAGGCUGUCGACGAUGGCGAAUCCAGGGAUGGGCCCGGCUCCAAUGUCGUGCAGUGUCUGGGGAUGAACACACACGUUGCCACGAGGGGUCGUUGGUCUGGAUAUGACGAGGAGGAUGGACCGCUUGAUAAUCCCGAGUGGAGGACAGACCUAGCUCAGCGAGCCAUUCGGAUGGAGCUCUAA